AGGCUGCUGUCUGAGCAGGAGAGGGAGAUAAAACAAGACUGAUAAAGAGAGAGGGAGUAAGGGAGGGACCAAGAGAAGAGGAAGGGGGAAAGAGAACACCUGUAGCAUGAGACACCGCACUCAAAGCAGACAUUCAGUAGGGAGAUUAAUUAAGAGAAGGGGAAGCAAAAAGGUGAGAAGGUAUUAGCAGCUCUCAGCAGACUGAACUUGAGCGGUAUAGUGAAGUUACUAAGUGAACACAGGGGGCAAGGCUGUCAACGCGACAAUGGUUUAACUUCUUCUGGACACCUGUUCUUCUGAACCAAGAGCACUUUUGAAAGAAGUGAACGCAUCUUGUCAGGUCUACUUUGCUAUCUUCCCUUCGCACCUGUCAUGGCCGACCCUGCCUGGUGGAAGCUCACCUUCCUGAGGAAAAAAAAGUCAGAACCAAAGGUCCUGUAUGAAAUACCACCCGACUUCAGCACCAACAAUGCGAAUAAAGACCUAGGCAACGACGACGCAGACAGCAAUUUAGACGCCAGACUGGAAAAAAUAGUGGAUAAAUCUGCCACCAAGGGCCGUCAUGUAAAAGUCUCCAAUUCUGGGCGGUUUAAAGAGAAGAAGAAGAUUCGCGCGACUCUGGCGGAAAACCCAAGCCUUUUCCCCGAACCUGCUCGGACUGACAAGAGCCACGUGGAAAAAUAACUUCAUACAAACUCAUUUUAACUCAUUUGAAAGUCUUCAUGUUGAGUGGAGUUACCACUGACGCAAGCGAAGAUACGGGAACAGAAAAUUAUUAUUUUUUGCCGGCCAUACUUUAAUUGAAAAGCAACCCCUAGAUGAUUAUUAAGGAGUUAGUGUUUCCUGUAAAUCAUAAACACAAUAUUGUCAUGCUCAUGAAAUGUGUUAUUAUCACUGUGGGAAAAACCUGACAAGGAAGGCACAGAAAUCUUAACCAACUCUCAUUUAUAAAGAACACAAUACGUUAAUUUUUAAAUUUAAAGUGGAGAAUUGUCAUAAAAAAUGAAGCCUAUUAUUGUGUAAUAACUAAUCUCAAACCUGUGGGAAACAGACUGUUGUUCAGAUUGCAAUUUGAUUAGCACUCUGAUUUUUAUGUUGUUGUUUUGUUGUUGUUGUUGUGGUUGUGGAUGCUCAGUUGUGGAUGCUCAGUUUCUGAUUUGAUCGUUUAUUAUAAAAAGGGUUUCAAUUAGGGCAAAGACAGUGAGAAAAGUCACAGCACGUUAGAGACAGGUUCUCCACAACUACAGCUUUAAUUUGUACUUGUCUAUUGUUUAUUGUAGUCUUUAAAGGUUAUUGUUAAAAUAUGCAAAAUAAAGAUUUUUAUUGCA